UUGAACGGGGAUCCCCAGGUGCCAUUUGGGGAGGUGUCAGCUGUGCGGGACUGGCUGGGAGUGAGCGGUGCGGUUGGCCGUCCGGAGCGAGAGCACCCGCGACGUCCAGUUCUGGGUUGGGCCUGCGGGCGCUCUGAAGUAAGCGGUGCCCGCUUUUGGGGCUUGCUCCGCACACUGUGCGGCCUGGCUGGUGCCCCGGUCUUCUUUGCCCGCUGCUUUGUCCACAACCUAUGCCCACUGGCCUUUCUGAACGGAGCAGGACGCAACCUGACGCCGGCCGAUCUGCCCCGUGAGGUUCGGGAGCAGCUGCUGGUCAUCUGUGAGGCCUCGCUGAGGCGGGUGGUGACGGCGCUGGGAGUGGCCACAGUGGUCGGGGUGGGUAGAGUGGCUGAGGGCAGGGCCCGCCGGGCGCUGGGCGACGGGGUGAGGGUGCUGGGCAUCCCCCAUCCUUCACCACGCAACCCCAACGCCAACCGGGGCUGGGGGAAGGAGGCAGCUGAGCUGCUACGGGACCUAGGAGUGGUCACACUCGCGAUGGAGGGGUGAGGGGAGUUCUCUCCCCUUGCUCCUCUCUCUCCCCCCUCCCUCGCUCCUCUCUCUCUCUCCCCACUCCCUCGCUCCUCUCUCUCUCUCCCCACUCCCUCGCUCCUCUCUCUCUCUCCCCACUCCCUCGCUCCUCUCUCUCUCUCCCCCCUCCCUCGCUCCUCUCUCUCUCCCCCCUCCCUCGCUCCUCUCUCUCUCCCCCCUCCCUCGCUCCUCUCUCUCUCCCCCCUCCCUCGCUCCUCUCUCUCUCCCCCCUC